CCCUCCCCCUCCCGCUUCGAAGACCUUUUCUCGCACGGUUUAAAAACGUCCACUUAACUUAACUCGGGCCACUCUGCUAUCCACAGGAGGCGGCACGUGUGGUAUUGGGCUACUUCGGGGGCGAGUGUUUGGUGGCCUUUGGGCUCCGAACGUGUUUUUAGCCUCUGACCCCUUUGCCGGGCGGGUUGUUCAACUGGGAGGGAAUGGUGACCGGGUGGCGGCUCUUUACAGCCGCCCUCUGCCCGCGUGUCGCCCUGGUCUUUUACGGGCUUUACCAGGACCGCCACAUGCCGGUCAAGUACACCGAUGUGGAUUAUCUCGUCUUCACUGAUGCCGCCAGAUACAUCACCCAGAGGGCCUCCCCAUACAAGAGAGCAACCUACCGCUACACACCACUGCUGGCCUGGAUCCUGACACCCAAUGUCUAUCUCUCGGAGAUAUAUGGGAAAUUCCUCUUCAUUAUUUGUGAUGUCCUUGCAGCUUAUCUGAUGUAUAGAAUCCUAAAUCUCCGAGGAUUGGGCAGCACUGCAGCAUGCUGGUACUGUAGCCUGUGGCUUCUCAACCCCUUGCCGAUGACUGUCUCCAGCAGAGGGAAUGCAGAGGCUAUCCUGGCGGUGCUGGUCCUUGCCACCUUGUACUACUUAGAAACCAGGCAGAUUGUGAAGGCUGCAAUGUUUUACGGGCUUUCUGUACAUAUGAAAAUUUACCCAGUGACUUAUGUGCUUCCCAUAGUUUUAUCACUCCAGGGAAACUUGCCCACAACUGAGGUCAGUACCUCCUCUAUCAGGAAUAAAAGUAAACUUCAAAAAGACCAACCUGGUCACAGACAUGUAAGAAGUUUUCUGAAUCUAUUUUUGAGACUUCCCAGUGGUGAGGUGCUGCUGUUUGUUAGCAUUGCUGGACUGGUAUUCGUUACUCUAGGAGCACUAUUCUACCAUAGGUAUGGCUGGGAAUUUCUGGAGCACACGUACCUUUAUCAUUUGACACGAAGAGACAUUCGCCACAAUUUUUCCCCUUAUUUUUACAUGCUUUACCUGAAUGCAGAGAGUGAUUGGAGUUUGGCUUUGGGACUUGCAGCUUUUCUCCCACAACUACUACUGCUCCUCAUCAUCUCACUUGCAUAUUACAAGGAUCUGACUUUCUGCUGCUUCCUUCACACUGCCGUUUUUGUCAGCUUCAACAAAGUGUGCACCUCACAGUACUUCCUCUGGUAUCUGUGUCUGCUCCCACUGGUAAUUCCCUAUUUGACGCUGUCGUGGAAAAGAGGUCUGGGACUGCUCGCUUUGUGGUUCAUUGGCCAGGGAUUGUGGCUCGCUCCUGCAUAUUACCUGGAGUUUGAAGGGAUGAACACAUUCCUGCUCAUCUGGUUCGCUGGGCUGCUGUUUCUUUCAAUUAAUUGUGUUAUUCUCUUUGCAUUGAUUUCAAACUACAAGAAAAAGGAACUGCAACUAAAAUCAAAGUCUGAAUAAAAACCACAAUCUCUGCUCAGGAUAUGGCUGUUGUUCGCCUCACUGAUGGUUGACAAUCUCUCAGUGAACUCUGGAUCGUAAUUCUAAUGUGAUCAGAUGCAAUUUGUUUAUAAACUGUAGCAGUUUAACUUAUUGAACUGAAAACUUGUUUUAUUCUGCUUUUUAGAACUCACUGGAUCCUCAUCAUGGUUUUGGUUAAAGAUUUCUUCUCACUUGUAGAAGCAGGGUGCUUCAUUCCUUUCUGUAACAUUUAUUUUUUACAAUCUUUUCUUUGUGUAGGAUGUUCUUUAUCAUUAUACAUAAUAUUUACCAAGCUGGAAUCAAUUCCUUGUUGGUAAUAAACAAGUUCUCCAAGAUGCAUAAAGGGUACUCUAUAAAUGCAAGUUGCAGUAAUAUAACUCAACAGACAUGAGAAAUGUGAAAACAAUACUGUAUAUAUAUAGCCUUUUACUUUGGAAGGGCAUUUCAAAGAGCUUCACAGUUGCCUUGAAGCCCAAGCUGGGGAGGAGUGCUGACAAGGGUGACAAAAAGAUAGAUCUUAAGGUGGGCUUUAAAGGUAGGAUGGAGGGUGUUUUGUGGAAGGACUUCAGGAUGGAGUUCCAGAGAGUGGUGCAGAUCGAGCAGGGGACAUGAAGCAGUCAUGUUUGCUGAGCAGAUGGAGCGUUGGGCCUGUAGAGUUGUAGAGGCGAAGCCAUAAAGCGGUUUGAACGCGAGGACAAGGAUCUUGAAUUUGACCUGUUGGGGGUUGAGGACUCUUUAACAUAAAAAAGGGAAUUUGUUUUGAUGGUUGCAUAGGUUGAAACAUUCAGCCAAAACUGUUUGGUAAUGGUAAUUGAAUUAUGUAUAAAUGGAAAUUAAUAAUGGGAAGAUUUGUUCAGAUUAUCUGUUCGCUUAGUGGGUGAUUAUUGUACUAUAUCACUAAAGUUUCAGCAAUUCACCUUGAACUUUAGAAGAGGAUACUGAAACCAAUUUGAAUUUAAAAUAUUUUCUUUCAAUACAUGAACUACUACCCUUUUAGUGUUCUUGUGCAUUUGAGAUUGAGCAGAUUUAGCUGCCCCUAAAGUUCCUCCCAGCUUUCAAGAAAUAAGAUUAUUCCACAAGAGGAACCAUUCAGUCCAUUGAUUGAGUCUAUUGCAAACUCUUUCACUGGAACUAUUCUGAUCACUAUUUUUCUUUCAAUAUUUUCUGCAGUUUACACUGACAUUGUGGUUUUUUUUACAUCCCUCUGUUGUAAAGUAUAAAUAUAAAUUUGCAUUUUAACAAAAUAAAAAUAA